AUGAAAAAAAGGCUUAGCCUUCAUAAUCAUGAAACUUAGAAGCUUAAUAAUUCACCAAUUAUCAAAGAUGAUGUUAAGUUUCAAUAGAAGUAGAAUGAUGAGAGUUAUUAUAGCUAUGGCAUUGAAGAAGAUUUUUCUCCCCCCAAACACUUAAAGAGUGAGGAUGAUUCAGAGCUUAAGGACUUGGAAUAUGAUGAGGAGGCAUAAGAUGAGUUAGAGGAAGAUGAUGAAUAUGACAAUGAAGAUGACUAUUUAGUUAGCAAUAACUUAGGCAAUAUUAUCCCAAAUAAUUAGAGGAAGUUAAUUCAAAAUAGAGUUGGACUGGGUCAACUAUCGAACUAUGACUAGAAAGGAGACUCUUCAGUUUCGUUGGAAUAACUUUAUAUGCAGGAAUAUGAGCGAAUGCAUUAGUAUAGAAAAAGUUAUGGCAAUAGUCAUUAACAUCGUUAUGAACUCGAUCUCCCAAAUCAAAACAAUCUCAACUAUUAGGACUAUCCAUCUAAUUAACAGUAAACAAAUCAAUACGUCGAAAUGUAAUCUUCUUACAUGUAACAUCAGACUUCAAAGAACCACGGCUUUGGAUAGUACAGCUAAUCCUUUAAACUUGAAAGCGCUGAAAGGCAUGCCUUAAAGGAAGAACUGAUGAAUGAGGACCUGGUUGAAUUCAAUAUUGAAUUGGAAUAGUCGCCUAAACAAAGAAAUAUUGAGUAAUCCAGAGGUGAAGAAAUCUUAAGUAAUGGAUUAAGCUUAGGUUAGAAUCAAGGCUUGAUUUAGCAUCAUCCUUUGGCAUUCUCGAAUUCUGAAGUGAGAAGAUCAGAUGAUGAACUCUAUCAAGGAGUCAUAGUUAAUCAUGCACAUUAAAGGAAAAAGUUUUUAAGAUAUAUAUUGCUGGGCUUUGCUAGCAUUGCAGUUUUUCCUUAAUUCAAUAAGGGACCAAUGUACUUCUGCAUGUUCUUUGCUAUUACAGAAAUACCUAGGAUAUUUGUUCCGUUUAUAAUCAAAUAGUUCACUUUCAAUCUCUACCAAAGACAAGCUGUACUAGUACUCGGAUUCAUGGUAUUUCUUAGUCACCUAGUAGUCUAUAUUGGAAUAAUGACUCAGAGAAGCUGGCUAACAUUUUCUGGACGAGCUCUAUUUGGAAUGUUCUCCGCUGGCUUAUUAUUUGUUGCAGUCUUAGUAGGAGGACAUUAGUACUUUGAUUUAAAUCACCAAAGAACUAUUUCAACAACUUUCACUGUGGGCAUUAGUCUCUCUGCCUGGAAUAUGGUCCCUUUAUUUAUAUGCUUUGUUCUAGAUAAAAUUCUGAACAAACUAGAGGAUGAAGACUUUGGCAUACUAACCUUUGUACAACAUUUUUAUAAUCCAAAAAUAUUAGUUAUUCCUUUUGUUGUGAGUAUAGCAUUUUCUAUUCCAGUUUACUUCCAGACUUAAAGGCAUGGUCAUAGACUUAAAACUUGUAUUUUUAUUUAGAUUAAUCAAGAUUCUGUAGUUGCUUUUGGAGCAGUAUUUUAAUUAGCAUCCUUUGCUUUCUUGCUAAUUAUCUAAUACUAUUACUACCAUGAACUCUACAAAAGUUCUACGACUCAAUCUAGAUUUAAAGUAGACUAAGAUGAAUCAUCUCUAGAUGUGCUUUUGAUUGUAUUUUUAAUUGGAAUGGGAAUUACUCAUACUUUCAAAAUAGCUAUUUUCCCUUAAGUAAUGCCUUUUGUAAUAAAAGAGGAAGUAAGAUUAGAAUCAGGAGCUGCUUUCAAUCAAGCUAUUGAUCAUUUGAUUACUUCUACAAGUUUAGUGAUUGUGGGUUUACUUGAGAACUCCCUUGGGGAUAAUUCAAAGUUGCCCAUAUUUAUGUACCUGCUUUUGUUAACAUUGACAAGCAAUUUCUUCUACUGGUGGUUUUAUAUAUUUGAUAAGUACAAAAAGAAUAGUUUACUUGAUUUAAGACAACUAGGCUAAUCUGGAUAUGUAAAGCAUGUAAAUAGGAGUAAUAAUAGUACAAACAAAAUAUUCGGACUAUAGAUGCCAAUUCUUGGUGGGGCUAAUAAAAAAAAGAAUAAAAGCGAUCCAGAAGAGACAUUCUUCAAUCCUCAUAGAAGAGUCAAUUUUUAGGCUGAUAGCUAGCCAAAUGAUAAACUUCUUGGAUAUGAAUUAUAGGCUAGCAAGGUAAAUCUUGUGAAUGGACCUAAAAGCAUAUUAAGACAGAGUCAAGAAAAGUUCGAACUAUAGCAGCUUAAGCCUUUCCAAAGAUCAGUAGAAUAUCAAGUAAAUGAGAUUAUGAAUGAACUCAAUCUAGCAGUUAAAUCAGGCAACCCUUCGCCUAAAAAUUAAUCCAACCCCAAAUCAUGA